AAACCAAAUAACAAAAAGUAGAUCGAUGUGCUAAAAAUUCUUUUAGUACCUCAACGACCGCGAGGCUAAUUCAGCGACGCUGUAUUUUUAAAAGUCACUAACGAUUUCCGAAUAAAGCUUUAUUGCUGUUAAUUUACCUUUGGUUCUAGCGCUUUAGUGUACGGACGCAGUGUGUUGUUGGCAUCAUUUGAUCAUCGUUACUGCAAUACGCUGAUAUCGACUUGAUACAAAAUUAAUAUCAGACUAUCUGGCAACAUGAACUCUGCCAGUUAUCAUUAUUGGAUAUUAUCAGUAAUAUGUUUCUCGAUACUGAAAACUGUUAAAGGUCAACAGGAUCAACAGCAGUCAUCUGGAGCCUUCGCGCAGCUCGAUCAGCUUCGAGGUCGUACUGCUCUAAGCGCAGCGGAAAUUCGCACGCUGGUAGCCAACGCCAAGCCAAAUGUAACGUACCCGGCGUACAAAACCAUCCCCAAAACGUCCUUUACCUGCAAUAAUGUUAAGCAAGCUGGCUUCUACGCAGAUCCGGACACAGGCUGCCAAGCGUAUCGUCGCUGUGAACCAGGGAUGGCUAUGGCCUCCUAUUUAUGUCCAGCUGGAACGAUUUGGAACAAUAUUGCUCUUACGUGUGAUUAUUGGUGGAACGUUCAAUGCAGCAAAUCGGCCCAGUUCUUUGACUAUUCCAAUCCGCGCAUUUACCGCGGUCCCAACGUGCGCCUGCUGGAUGACAAUGGCAAUGGUGGUGGAUCGGGAAGCAGUGCCGGUGGAAGUUCGGUCCUGUCCGGCUCAUACGCUACUGUCAACUUGGAAUCCGCCUAUUCCAACUCAAACUCCGAUUCCUAUGCAUCUGACCAGGAACAAGACAGCAGCCAGCUAUAACAUUUCUGCUGAUUUUGAACCGACAAAUUUCCGCGAUUUAUUUUCUAUAACGAUACUGUAAUCAGUACUAAGAAUUACUUAUUAUUAUUGUCUUGUGCGUAAUCGUAAUGCUGUACCACCUGUGGUAGCAUUUAAUUACACAUGAAAAUGUGCAUUCGAAUCUGUGUUAGUGUUUGUAUUCAUCCAGACCAGACUCGAAAGUUGAAUUUCCGUUCUUUUUGCUUUGCGAGAACUCAGAAUUGCGAAUACCGUGGUGCAAAGGCCCACACAGAUUUAUACAUAACUGCAUAAGUGCAUAC